UCUAAAAUUAUGUUUAUUAUUAAAGAAAUUAUCAAGCAAUCUCGUAGUUGUCAAAGUUUAAACACUUUACCUACCUCAAUAACCCUUCAAUGGCUCAAUAUUCUCGAAAGCCAAUUAAAUAAUAUAUUAUUUAAUAAAUCUACUUUUGAUUUUCAUAACUAUUUAUUUUGCCGAGUAUAUUCAUAUGUUUCACAACAAUUAAAUUCUUAAAAAUUAUAGUGAUGAAAAUCAAAACUUUUAAUUUGUGUUUCCUUUGUUCAUUGUUUCUUUUAUCUGUUGUGGCAACAAAUACAUUAAAAGAAGGUAAACAAUAUACAAAAGAGUCAAAGAAAAAUGUUUUGGUAGAUAAGCUUGAUGGUCAUAGAUAUAGAAUCUUUUGAUCAAAAUAUGCCCGUUGGUGCGGGAAAUAAAACAAGGGAAGAAAAGAUGAUGGAAAAAGAAGCCAAACCAGAGGAAAGGGAAGCAAAGCGGAAGGAAAAGGAAGCAAAGCAGAAGGAAAAAGCUUUGGUAAAGGAAGCAAAGGAGAAGGAAAAAGCUUUGAAAAUAGAAGCAAAGAAGCGGGAAAAGGAAGCAAAGUAUUAUAGAGAUAGAAGUAGGAGAAUGAGUGUACGAUUGCAAAGGGCAAAAGCUAAACAAAAGAAGGAGCAGAAAAUAUUAGACAGGCUGUUGGAAAAGCUAGCAAAGAAAAAGGCAAAGGAAUCAAGAGACAGGGCAAAUGCUUAUGUAAAGUAUCAGGAAAAGGAAGCAAAGCGGAAGGAAAAGGAAGCAAAGCAGAAGGAAAAGGAAGCAAAGCAGAAGGAAAAGGAAGCAAAGCAGAAGGAAAUAGCUUCGGCAAAGGAAGCAAAGCAGAAGGAAAGGGAAGCAAAGCAGAAGGAAAAGGAAGCAAAGCAGAAGGAAAUAGCUUCGGCAAAGGAAGCAAAGCAGAAGGAAAGGGAAGCAAAGCAGAAGGAAAAGGAAGCAAAGCAGAAGGAA